AUGGAUGCACUGUGUGAUUGCAGGCAUUAUCAAGAUGAUCUCAUUAUGCAGCCUGAUGUGCAUAACGAUGUGGUGGCCCCCACUAUCGAGUUUAUGGGGAUUCCUGCAUAUUUGUGUCUUUCUCACGUGGAACGGCCUCGUACUUUACCAUUUCUUCUCAUGCAUUGCAAUUGGCCCUGGGUUCAUUCCUUUGGGCUGGAAGCCGUUUGUGAUAACGCAAAUGGUCUUUCUGCCGAACGAGAAGAAGUUUUGACUGAUUCCGAGGUUUCGCUUGAAGACUGGUAUCGACAAAUUUUGCAGUUCUGUGAGGUGUGUAAGGGAUAUAAAGCCCCAAGGUCCCAUCACUGUCGCAAACGCUGUGUGAUGAAAAUGGAUCAUCACUGUCCGUGGAUUAAUAACUGCGUUGGGCAUUUUAACCAGGGGCAUUUCAUAAACUUUCUUGCAUCUGCAGUUAUUGGUUGUGUUCAUGCCUUCACCAUUUUGAUCAUCUGCAUAUUCCGCUCGAUCAACGUUAGCUGGUAUGUUCAUUAUGGACCUCGAGAUCAACCCAUUGUCCACAUGCGUGUUGUGGGAUUCGUCGGGUGCUUGUUUUCUGCUGGGUUGGCCGUCGGAGUGAUUGUUGCAGUAGGAAUGUUGCUCUACUAUCAGCUUAAAAUGGUUUGGUGCAAUCAGACCGGGAUUGAACAAUGGAUUGCUGAAAAAGCUCGAUGGCGCAGGGAACCGGGUUCUGCCCCUUUCAAGUUCCCGUACGAUUUGGGUUGGAAGAGCAAUCUGGCGCAAGUUCUCUCUUGGAAUUCGGAACCGCGUGGAUGCGGUUUUCUGUGGCCAGUUGUCCCUGGUUGUGAUCAAUUUACUUUUACGAUGGAACAAAUAGCUCAGAAAAGAGCGAAGCGAGAGCGAACGAAGUCGUAUAACGUGAUCGAGGUGUACUCCGGCGCUUGGUUGCCCAUUUUCAAAGGACCAGCCAUUUGUUGUCGGCCUCCCUAUUCUGACGAACCUCGAAUUGCGUUGAAAAUUGGAGACGAGGUUGUCGUAACUAGGUGGAAA